CAUUGGCUGGUCAUAGAUAAAAAUUACAAUAAUCUGCCAAUAAUCGGGCCAUAGCCAUAGCUCAAGUCUUGUUCUGUGAUAAGUCUAAUUUUACGGUGUUAGUAGACUGUCUGAUGUGCAUUUAAGUGAAAAUAAAUUAUAACAACAACAUGCAGAUCAAAGAAUAUCGCGUUACUCUUCCCCUCACAGUAGAAGAGUAUCAAGUGGCUCAGCUGUAUUGUGUAGCUGAGGUGUCCAAAAAUGAAACUGGUGGUGGCGAGGGAAUAGAAGUCAUAAAGAAUGAACCAUUCAAAGAUUAUCCAUUACUUGGUGGCAAAUUCUCGUCUGGUCAGUACACAUACAAGAUCUACCACUUGGCGUCGAAAGUGCCGGCCUUCAUCAGACUGCUGGCGCCCAAGGGUUCCCUUGAAGUCCAUGAAGAGGCGUGGAACGCGUACCCCUACUGCAGGACUGUGCUUACGAACCCUGGUUACAUGAAGGAAAACUUCGUCAUUUGCAUAGAGUCGCUACAUUUACCAGAUGUCGGCGAUCAAUACAAUGUUCACGAGCUGCCCCCGGAAAAGCUAAAGAACCGAGAAGUCGUCAACAUCGACAUCGCUAAUGACCCGAUGUCCCAAACUGACUACAAAGCAGAGACGGACCCCACCAAGUUCAAAUCGAAAAAGACCGGCAGGGGCCCGCUGGUGGGGCCCAACUGGAAGAACGACGUGAAACCGGUGAUGACAUGUUACAAGCUGGUUACCGCCGAGUUCAAGUGGUUUGGAUUACAGAACAAAGUAGAAAAUGUCAUCCAGAAGUCUGAGCGGCGGUUGUUCACCAUUUUCCAUAGACAAGUAUUCUGUUCAAUGGACGACUGGUACGGCAUGACGAUGGCGGACAUUCGCGCCAUCGAAGACCGAACCAAGGAGGAGCUAGAGCGGCUCCGGCGCGAGGGAGAAGUGCGCGGGAUGCGUGCCGAGAACGAGUAAACUGGAGCGCGGACGGCGGGAAACUGAACGGCGACGGAGCUGCAACUAUGAACAGAGAUUUAAAAUUCGAAUGUGCAGAUUUUAAAGCGUGUUCUGAAUUGGCUUUUUUUUAUUCGAUUUGUUAUUGACAACAACCAGUACCUUCCGAUGUUCUACAAAGUCAAUGAGUGUGUCGUUUAAUUAAGUGAUUGUAAUUUGACAUUUUUUUUUUAUUUUGUUAUUUGCAUUUUUAAUUUAUUUGUCUUAAUUACAAACAUGUUUGUACACGGCGGAAUUAAAGCCUUUUUUUCCUACCAAUUCAUGGAACGGGGUCUUACACAUGAUAGACAAUCUUUUUUGGCAAAUUACGCAUAAUGAUGUUUUUAGGUAUGUAUUCAGUAUUUUAUUUACAAAUUAACUCGGAUCCAAUUUUAAUGUUCUUUGUGUUCCGAUCAAUAACAAUUUUCUCAACAAAGUAAAUAGAUUUAUAUAUAUAUUUUAUAUUAUUGAUUAUAGUUGCAAUUCCGUCUAAAAUUGCGUAACGCUGUGUUCUGCGCUUUAGGUGCACGCUGGCUUCCUCUUGUAGAAAUGUUUUAGGUAUAAUUCGGUCGGUAUAAUAAUGAAUUUAAACAAAUUGAGAAGUCAUUUCGGAAGGCAAGAACAAUGGCACACAUUGUGUAGUUGGUUUGCUGUCAUUUCUAGAACAGGAAGUAUGCGCGUACGCAGCGUGUGGAUAUGGUACGCGUUGAAGCGUCGAGCGUAAUCUUGUACACUCAUUUAAACAAAAAGUUUUGUCUCGAGAUGUGUAUCAAUUUUUCUGUAGCAAAAAUUAGUGUAUUGAAUGUAUCAUAAUUUUAUCGUAUAACGUCCAAUAGGUACUUUUGAGUUGAAUGAAAUCGUAUAGAUUGCGCUCGGCGCGUCCGUUCGCGCGGUAUCGAUGCCCAAGCCUCUGUUAUAUUGUAUAGUUCUGUUACGGAAAUCUUGCGAAAAUUGUUAUGUUACGGCUGCUGGCGGUCUUUAGCACGUCAAUGUUUCUAUCUAAAUCUUCCUUAGUAUAAGAGGACCCAAUUCAUACGAAUAAGGUCUCGGAAGAGGCUAGGGCAUACCAUUAGAAAAAUAAUGUAAUUCAGAUGUGGAAUAGAUAUUAAAUGAAUAACUAAUAAGUCGAUGUAGUCAGUGGUUAACAGGUAGUGUUGUCGUUACCUAAUAAUUAAAAUAAUUCAAUAAAACUUUGACAAUUCAUUAUCAACGAGAGAGGUGAGGUUCACGCCGAGACUCACCGCAUUUCACUGUUUAAAUGUUCUGUUAGGUAACUUGCCUUGAGCAGAUUUUUGGCUGUUGUUUAUAUUUAUAUUAAUAAUAAACACGUAAUAUAAGUAAUUUUGCGCAAUAGUAUCAGGUAAAUAAUUAUGGCACGAAUGGAAAUUGUUAUCGGUGCAAUAUAUUUUAUUAUUAAACAGUGGCGACCGGAGUUGCUAGAUGGUUGGAAUCCCGCGGGGCGUCGCCGGUACGCUGGUAUCUCCCGGUGUGGGUCGGGUUCGUGGGACAUAGUACUAUAUAUUAAUGUAUAACUUAUAUAACGCGACGCCCCCGCUCGAAGUGGGGAUGCAUGUUUAUUUUAAUUAAUAAGUUUGUUGUUUAACAAAUCAGUAUUGUAAUAUUUGUGUGACAUUCCAGACGCUAUGCCGAUUGAUAAUUUUAGUUUAUUAUGUCGUUCAUUUACUAUUUUAAUAGCUCUCUGUCAGUGUUAUACCCGAUAAUAAUGUGCAGCGACUUAUGUGAACUGAUUCACAUUGAGAGUACAAUGUCAAACGAGUAUGUUUGUUUUGGCACUCGCAACUUAUGACCAAUCCAAAUGUUCGCUUUUAUUUUCUUUGUUUAACCUGCGUCUUUUGGCCGCAUAUAUAUUUGUAAUGCUUUCUUGUCUAGAGCUUUUAAAUACCACUUUCUCAUCUCAUAAACUAACUCCAAUGUUGUAGUUCAAGUGAUCUUUAGAAGCUCUGAACAACAAUUUAUUUUUGCUUAAUAUUGCACUCGUUUUUAAGUUUUUUUUACUUAUGUUGUAAUAAGUUUUACAUCAAAUACAGCGUGAUAUAUAUAUUUGAAA